CAUUUCACUUGUGCUCCACCUUUAACAUUUCGGCUCUCGGGCAACAAAACGUGGUUUUGGAACAACAAAAUAUUUAUUUUGCAAUAUUGGCUAAAAUUGGCCACCGUUCGACGGUAAAGUGCAGUUCGCUAGAAUCGGCAUCGUGUCGGGAUUUCCGGUGUGCUAAAGUGCGUCGAAAUCGAACCCGUUUGGCUGCGCCAGGAUCGAUUGAAAUAUCUGCAGCGCAGCACCUCGUUUUCGAAGUCGAACUCGUUUCGUCUGCAGAAGUGUGCAUCGCGAGGAGAGCAGGAGCUCGCGGUCCGAUCGGUCAGAGUGAGCAGAAGCAGAAGAGAAGUGUGUGUCUUUUUCUUCUUACCUUCUCGCACUUUUUUCCUCUGGUGGCAGCCGCAGAAAAACAGCACCGCGAAGAAGAACAAAACCAACGGGCAGCAGCCAGCAAGAGUUCCCUUUGGAAGAGCCCAUCCAUCGUCGCAGGGGGAAGAGAAAAUCGAAAGGCUCUUCCUGUUUGGAAAGUGUGGUUCGGUGCUUUUUUGUUUCGAUUUGUGGUGAUAGUUUUGGGAGUUUGUGGCACGGAAUAACCUAUCGGAAGACGUGUGGAACGUGCGAAGCAAGAUUCUGAAAAGAAUCGUUCGCGAGAGUGAGUGCGUUUUAACCAAUUUAAGCAAGAAUUGCGUGUGGUCAGCUUCGAUCCUUACUGCGGUGUGUUUUGCCUGUCGUCCGUGGAAGAAGGAAAAUCAGGCAGCUUCUGGCCCACUGAGCAGCCAAAGUUAUGUCAUCGUGAUUCUAUUCAUAGUGUGGUAGUAAACUAUUGUGUGUUGUGCAAACAAGCGAAGAAUAUUGCGUGGUUAUCAUCCGGCGUGCCGUGUCCUUCAGACUGUGACAAGACUUCUGUCCCCGUGUAAACAAUUACCCCAGGAAAAACCGGCCCCAGUUCCAUCACACAAAGAGCAGCAACGCAAUGGCCAAUUCCGGAACGGCAGCAAGGUGCCUCCUCCUCAUCUGAGCUACACGAGGAGUGAGCGAGAUAGCGAGCCGAGAAAAGGCCAACAUGGAGCGAAAAGAUCGAUAAAGUAGUCCCGACAACAUCAGCGCGAGAGUGAGAGAGCACGUCUGCCUGUAUUACCGACCUCCCCGAGACUCGGAUCUCUUUUUUCCUCUGCCUGCAUCGUCCAACUUUUGACAGUUGCGAAGCUGUCCGGGUGGUGAAAGAGAGAAAGAGCAAGGAACAGCGCAUUUCUUUUUCUUUUCGGUUUUGUUUUCAUUCCUUCCUUCGAGUCCGUACCCGCAGCAGAAGCUAGCUAGCCAGAGAACCAUCUCUGCUGCUACUACUGUUGUUAUUGCACCAGUAAAAUCCCCCAUCGACUACGAGCAGGAACCGAGCAUUGCGUGCAAGACACGACAAUCCUCCCUCGUUCCGUCACAUUAUCACCUACCGCACACACCCCUCUUUCUAGAUCGUAGACCACGCUGUCUAGCUCUAGGUAAGCGCAGUGCCUGCAGAGUGCGUGGUGUGGUGCAUUGAGGAGAUCUCGCUCUCGACUCAACGCACAUCAUCAUCAUCCAUCGUCGGUCGAGAACAGGAUAGAAGAAGUAAAGAGCAAUAAAACAUAAAUCCAAAAAAGCAAAAGUAGAAAAACACAACCACCCCAGUAAAAAUGGCUUCACACGUUUCGACAGAAACUGGCGCUAGCAAUCCCAACAACAAUAACAACACCGGUUCAAGUUCAUCCUACGCGAAUGUGCUGCUGAACAUCAAGGAUCAAAACCAAAAACAACAACAGAAGCAGCAGAACGAAAACAAGGAGAACAUUCGCACCACCACCGAAAAGCCGACCACGUCGGGACAAGCCCCCAGUCCCAGUGCCGCCAAGACACCGGACGCCCCAGCCGGUAAGGAUGUCGGCACUGGAGCUACGGCGGGACCCACUGCCGGUAGUGGUGGUGGUGGCGGUGGCGGUGGGGAAGAUGCCGAAGACGAUGCCAGCUUUGUCCCGGUAGUGUCCCACAGCAAAAGAGACCGACGUUCCAGGCAGAAGGCUGCCGCAGCGGCUGCGGCCAAGAGCGGAGGUGAAGAACAGCAGGCGGGAGGUAAGCCACCUUCCAAAUCAUCCCGCCGUUCCGGUAGGGGUAGUGGCGGAGGCGGUGGUGGUGCUGGUGCUAAUGCAGGAGCAGCUACAUCUGGUGGUCCGGCUAAGGAACCGUCCGAGGGUGGUGCCGCCAGUGGUGGUCCUCCAGCGAAAAAGGACGGUAACAAGAAGAAACCAGGCGAGAGGAGACGAGGAGGUGGUCGCGGGUCACGCGGCGGUGUGGAAGCCGAGAAGGAGGACAAAAAUCCGGAAAAGGAAGCACUGGCGGCGGGUGAGACGAGUGCGGCAUCCAAGCAGGUCAGCAGCGAGGACGGAUCCGACAAGGAAGCGCCGAAAAAGUUUGUGGAAGCACCGCUGCCCAAGGUGAAUGCGUGGAAGGUAACACCCACGGUCGAACCAGCUCCCAUCCCAUCCGGUGACACCAAGGCUGCGAAAUCCUCCGAAUCGAGCUCGACAGCGGGAGCAGCGGCUUCGUCUUCUGCUCCUGCUGCUGCUACUACUACGACAACAACGACUUCUACCGCAACACAAACAUCCCGCAAGGCACCUCAACCCCAGUCCCAGGAGAAACGAGUUCUUCAGCCUAAACAACAGUCAAAGGCCCCUCCACAACCCAAAGCGAGUGUUCAGCCGAAAGCAGCCCCAGAACAACCGAAACCUGCCCCAGCACCAGCCCCAGCAAAGGAAAAGAAGCGACCUAGUCAAAAGUCAAGUGACCUGUCCAGCAACUCCGAUUGGCCAACGCUAGAUUCCAAAUCCGGUGAAACAACGAAAAAGCCGGGAGCUGCGCAAGGGGCUGCUGAGCCAGCACCAGCCGCAGCGCCCGCCGCGGAACCAGCAAAGCCCACAACCACCAGUGAACAACCCGCAGCCGCCACUCCAGCAGUCACCAAACCAGCACCAGUCAGCACAGCUUCCGCGGCGCCGAAAUCUCACCCUCCGGCAGCAACGGCAUGGCAUACGGCAUCGCACGUAGAACCAUCCGCCGCAUCGCAUACUCAGCAACAAGUUCCUGCCAAACAGCUCUCCGCCGAAGAAGACCACAGUCGACCAAAGAGUGCGGACUCGGGCGAUCAGCUCAACGGUGCCAACAGCCGCAAGGGACCUCGUCCCAAGUGGGUUCCCCUGCCGAUCGAUCUGCCGAAGCAGAGAGGCCGUCGGGAACGAACUCCUCGCCGACGUCGGUACGAUGAAUACGAGGAGAGCAGUUGGCACCAGGAACGACCGCCGCCACCACGGACCAGCCGAAUCCGAACCAGCCGAGGAGGUGGUCCUCCUCCUCCUUCGUACCGAGGUGGACGAGGUGGUCGCAUCUCCCGCGGAGGACCAAUUCGAAGAGGACCACCUUCAACGCGAGGGGGUCACAUUCCCGGUGGUCCUCGGCAUGUUGGCGAUCGGGGAGCACCUCCACAUCUAGGCGGAGCUCCGCUCACCAACGGCGGAGACUUUGCGCAGGAGUUCAGCGGCGUUGGGCAAGCGAUCGGAAAGGAACAGACUGCGUUCAUGAUGCCUUACCUCAGUACGUUCUACUACAAUGGGGCCCCACUCAUCGGAAUGGACCAGCUGAGCAUCAAGGAGUGUAUCAAAAAGCAAAUUGAGUACUACUUCAGCGAGGACAAUUUGAAGCGUGACUUUUACCUCCGACGCAAGAUGGAUCCGGAAGGUUUCCUCCCUGUAACCCUCAUCGCCUCCUUCCAUCGGGUACAAGCUUUAACCGCUGAUCUGAACAUUAUCAUCACCGCAAUCCAAGAGUCCGACAAGUUGGACCUGGUUGAAGACUACAAAGUGCGCACGAAGGUCGACCCCACCAAGUGGCCGAUUGAUCCAGCGGACACCGGUACCCAUCCAGCCCCUCAAUCCCACGCACCAUCCGCCACAACUGCUGCUACUACUGCUUCUGUAGAACAUCCAACUGAAGCAAAACCCGCGGUCCCCGUAGCUUCCAAGAUCCUGUCGAGUAUUCCACCCCCGCCAAAGCCCCGGAAUUUUCGUACUCCAAAUGCACAACCGCAAUCACUGCAUCAACCCGCCAUCAUUAAAGUUCCUUCGAUAGUCCCGGCCGUACCCGUGGUACCUCCGGUGACCAAAACUCCGACGACAUCCGAGUCGGAAAACCUUAACCCGAACGUGCCAGAAUUCAUCCCGUCGGUGGCCCUUCGGAAGCAAUCCUCCGGAAGUAUCGGAACGCAACCAACCCCCACACCCGCCCCUACCACAACAACACCUGCAGUACCGACGCCUGCACCACAACCAACGCCGACCACCGCUCAAAGCACCAAGGACGAAAAACAAACCAUUGCUCAGGACGGACAGGCUUCAAAAAACGCCGACCGGAAAUCUAACUCUAAUGAAGCAGCUGCCGGAGACGGAUCCACCGCCACCGCCGCCGCCGCCGCCGUCACCGAAGAAGCCGAACUGUGGAAAGAAGUGAAACGACGCUCGCGCUCUGCCCAGCCUCAUCCCAAACUGCCGGAGGGACAAUCGCCCGGCCAAGGCGGGGCAGCGGACCGAUCCCAGCGGGACUCCCGGAGCAAGAGCAAGGACCAAACCGAGACGGUUCCACAGCAGCUUUCUUCGGCCACGAAGGCCGCGCCCGGCUCCGCCGAAAAGGCCACAGCUGCCGCCACACGGCCAUCCAACAAACAGAACGAAGAACGGGAGGAGUUAGAUUUCCAAUUUGACGAAGAACUUGACAUCCCGCGAGGGGGUGGCCGUGUAAACCAUUUCACCGACAACUGGUCCGACGACGAGGACAGCGACUACGAGCUGUCCGAUCACGAAAUCAACAAGCUUCUCAUUGUGACUCAGGUACGCAACAAAGCACCAAAGCAUGACGGGUACGAUCGGACCGGUGACUUCACAUCGCGUGCCAAGAUUACCCAGGACCUGGAACAGAUCAUCAACGACGGGCUGUACAACUACGAGGAAGAUCUGCUGAUGCCCCACGGUGGAAACUACCGAGCCGUGAACCUAAUCUCCCAGGAAGAGUUCGACAAGAUCGUUCCGAAGCCGGCCAAAGUGGUCCAGGAGGCACCUCCUCCGCCACCUCCGUCGACCUUCGUGGAACCUUCGGAACUGCUGAACGAAAGCACACUGAGUGCAGCCCAUCGGCACAAGGCGCGCUUCUUCGCCGUCAACAAGGAUGAGUUCGUCGAUCCGAUCACACCCCGGAAGCGCAAAACGAGGCAUUUGAACAACCCCCCGGUGGAAAGUCACGUCGGUUGGGUGAUGGACUCCGUCGAGCAUCGGCCACGCACCACCAGUAUGGGCAGCUCGGCCGGAACAUCGCCCACGGCUUCCAGCUACGGAUCACUGCCGCAGAGCUUGCCAACGUUCCAGCACCCGUCGCAUUCGCUGCUGAAGGAGAACGGAUUCACCCAGCAGGUCUACCACAAGUAUCACAGCCGCUGCCUGAAGGAACGGAAACGCAUGGGACCGGGCCAGUCGCAGGAGAUGAACACCCUGUUCCGGUUUUGGUCAUUCUUCCUGCGCGAGAACUUCAACAAAACCAUGUACAGCGAGUUCCGCCAGAUCGCCAACGAGGACGCCGCCGAAGGGUUCCGCUACGGGUUGGAGUGUCUGUUCCGGUUCUACUCGUACGGUCUGGAGAAGAAGUUCCGCCCGCAGCUGUACGAGGACUUCCAGCAGGAAACGGUUAAGGAUUAUGAGAAUGGUCAACUCUACGGCUUGGAGAAAUUCUGGGCCUUCCUCAAGUACUACAAGAACGCCACCAAAUUGUCAGUGGACCCGAAGCUGAAGGAAUAUCUGGACAAGUUCAAGUCGAUCGAAGACUUCCGCGUGCUGGAACCGCAAAUUAACGAGAUGCUGGAGGGUGUCGGCAAGCUGAAGUCAUCGCCCUCGAAGCGACGGCCCCGCAGUGUGUCGGAAAGCGAAGGUUUUACGGUGGUGGCCGGUCCGAGCCAUGCCAAGCGUGCUGCCCAUCAUGGCGGUGGGGGAGCAAGUAGCAGUGGAGCCGGUUCAUCCGGAGGAUAUUCCUCCGGAGGGGGCAGCGCCAGUAGCAGUUACCAGCACUACUACUACAGUCGCAAAAGAUGUGAUUCAGCUGGUAACAGGUUUGUGGAUGUGACCAACCGACCGGGACCAUCUCGCGUUCGAACGGGAUCUUUCGGUGAUGGUGCCGCCAAGGUGGUUGGAAGCCGCCCCCGAAGCGGUUCGACUGGCAACAAGGUGGUGCGAAUGGCACCGAACGAGAGGUUCUCACUUAAUCGACCAUCCGGAUCCGGUGGUAAGCAUCAUCCUCACCAUCAGCAGCAACAGCAAAAGCCUCAAAGCAGUACGAAACCUACGACCGAAAAUGCUCCAGCUGCUUCGGCGUCUACUUCCGGUAACAGUGCUGCCGCUGCGCCGUCAUCGACGGCAGCGGCGUCUGCAUCAUCCUCAGCGGCUGCGGCAAAGACUUCAUCAUCUGCGAGCGAGAAGGCUUCGUAAGGCAAGCAAUAUGGCGGGGUGGGUGCUCUUUCGAAGCGAGGGAGGGAACAGAGCGGGGUGCCUCGCAAAACUUCCGUUCAAAGGAAGCACGGAGGCACACUGCGCGAACCGCAGCAGGUCAUGGUUCAAGCAAGCCAGAAGUACACGGUCACACACAUUUACACACAUACACGCUGAGGAACUGUGUGAAGAAAUGGUUUGUGUUGCUUAGUUUACACCGCCUACUAUGAAAUCGUUGUCAUAUCGCGUAUAUGUUUGCUCUUCUUAUAUAUUUUACAUGAUGGAGAAUUGAUCGCUACGUAGACAUUUUUGAUAUCUUUCUUUUUUUCUUUCUUUUCGUUUUCCACUUUUUUCGACUUGAAAAACGAAUCUGAAUCAUGGGUACGUCGAAACUUUUGGAACCGGUAACUCAAUUGGGGUCGUCGAAAAAUCAAAAAAAAUCAAAUCAAGCACUACAUUAAUCUUAGGAGAGAGAGAGAGAGAAGGGACCGCUGCAGAGUGUACAUAAAGAUGAUAGUUUUCUAUUUUGAUUUGGCAGACUAGAGUAUUUUGCUUUUAUGGGUCAGGCGUCAUCAUUCAACAAUCUCGAUACCUGAUGUUAGGCGUGCCCUGGAAACGAAACAGAAAAUAAAAAUCCAAGAGUAUAUUUACUGCCAACCUAUUGCGUCUCUUAUUAGGGUUUAGCUGAAAAUCGAACGAGUCAUGGCUGUUUUAGCUGUCGCAUCAUUUUAUGGAGUUUUAUUUACGGUUAACGUGUAGAGGAAUAAGUGUAGAGUGAAUUCAAAUUCUUGAACGCCAGUUGGCAGAUUUUUCCAAAUACGGCCUUUGCAGAACAAACAAUCGGUUCGCACCAGUGUUCGCAAUUAUAUUUUAUAACAGAUGGUUGAUCCAUGUUUUAAGAACUUGCAUACUUUUUGUUUCACUCACUGACGCAUGAACUGCCCGCACUUUCCAGGAAAACAAGUUGCAGGGACUCCAAUUGUAUAGGGAACUCCUCAUCUACCGAAUUUUCUCAGGGAAUUGCUCCCAAAAAUCUUACAGUAGAUUGCUCUCGAAAUCGUCCAGGAGAUUCCUCCUGAAGAUUUCAUUAUGUGUUUCUCUAGAAACUGCGUUCCUGUCGGGACAGUUAAUUUGAGGAAUUAGUUCAAAACCUCAUUGUAACAUUCCUUAAGAGAUAUUUUCCGAAGAUUACUCCAGAUAUUCCUCCUAAAGUUUUCUUCGGAAUCUUCUUCCAAUAAUUCAUACCGGGGUUUCUUCCAGAAAUUUAAUCUCCAGGAUUCCUAGGUUUAUCUUUCCAAGAUUCUUACAUGAAUUCCACCUGGGAUUCCUGCAGGAACUUCUUCCGGAUUUCGUCAAGGAAUUCUUCCAACAUUCCGCUAAGAGGUCCUUCAGGGAUUCCUCCAUAAAUGCCUUCAGACAUUUCUCUACAAGAUCCUUCAAGGAUUCCUCCAGGUUUCUCUAACCACUGUUUCCGAGGAUGCCGCCAGCAAUUCCUGCAAGAGAUUCUGCAAGCAAUCCCUUGCCCAGAUUCCGUCAGUAAUGUUUUCCGGAGACCUUCAGAAAUUCCCCAAAGGGAGACCUUCCAGAAAAUCCUUUCGGAAAUUACUGUAGGAGUUCAUUGAAGAGGUUUCCCUAAAAUUUUCCGGUAAUAUCCUCCAAUGAUGGCUCCAAGAAUUUUCAGUAAUUUCUUCCGGGGAUUCAUCCAGUAAUUCUUGUGUUCAUUCUACGAAUGGAGUAACGUAACGCAGCUCGACUCGGAUAUCAAGGCGAGAAGUCUCGACUCGAAUGAGGUGACUCGUCGUGUAAAUCAAAUGAAGAGUCACCUCAUGCGAGACGAGAAUUCUCCCCUCGAGAUAGGAGUCGAGCUGCGUCACAUCACUCCAUUCGUAGAAUGAGCAUAUCUUUCUGAGGAAUGUUUUUGGAAUUCCUUCCGGAGAUCCCUCCAAGCAAUGCUGCUCAUUCUGCGAACGGAGUGACGUGACGCAGCUCGACUCGAAUUCCGAGGUGAGAAACCUCGACUCGAAUGAGGGGAUUUGCCGUGCAAAUCAAAUGGAGAGUCACCUCAUUCGUGUCGUGAUUUUUUUGCUUGGUAUGCAAGUCAAGCUGCGUCACGUCACUUCAUUCGUAGAAUAAGCACAUUUUUCUGAGGAAUAUUUUAGGAAUUUCUUCCGGAGAUUCCUUUAGACAUUUUGUUCGAAGAUUUUAAUAGGAAUUCUUUCUGGGAUUUCGGAAAUUUUAUCGGAGGAUGAUACGAGGAAUUUCUGCUUUCGAUUUCUAGAGGAAUUUCGUCAUGGGGAACGCUCCCCGAAACCAAUUUCUGAAGAAGUUCCUAGAAAAAUCAGCAGAAGAAAUUCCUGGAGGCAACCAAAGCAUUGCAAGAGCUUCUGCCGGUGUCCGCUUGAACUCCAGUAAUAAGAACAUCAUGUUUCUGAUUGCAAAUAUUGGUAGCGAACUGCAAGAUUCCAAUUAGAAUAAUCCGGAUUCUAGUGGUGAUUCGGGCAAUAACAGCCUGGAGCUAUUGGCUCCAUAACACCAAUGGUGGUGUUUCUAAAACCAAAACAAGUUGAAUUUUGUUAUUCUUUAAAUUUGGAGUAGGAGAACCGAUGCGUACGCCCAGGAGUUUGAGAGAUUUACAGAAGGAAUUCCUGCAGGAAUCCCAGAUCCCAGAGAUGAAGGAAUCUAGGAAAGAAUUCCUUUUGGAAAAAUCGCAGAUGGAACUCCUGGAUAAAUCCCUGAAACUCCUGUUGGAAUAAUCCCAAAGAAAUUCAUCGGUACGAAUUCGAUAAGGAAUUCCUGCUUGAUCUGUUCCAGAGUAAACUGCUGAAGAAGUUCCAAAACGAAUUCCUUCUGGGGGAAUACCAAAAGUAAUAUAUACUGGAGGAAAUACAAACAGGUAUUAGUGACGGAGGUAGCUACUGCAAGAUAUCCCAGAAUAAACUUUUGCUGAAGAAAUCUCAAAAGCAAUUUCUGCUGGAGCAAUCCCUAAAUAAACUCCAGGAAUAUCAAAAGAAAUUUCUAUCGAAGGAAUCUUCAAGCCUGUGCGAUUACUCCGGCAGGCACUUCAGGACUCUCCAGGUUUUCUUCAGGAAUUCCUUCUACAAUAUUUCUCUAAGCAUUGCUUCCGAGGAUGCCGCCAGGAAUGCCUUCAAGAGGUUCCUGUGCCCAUUCUACGAAUGGAGCGACGUGACGCAGCUCGAAUCGUACAUUCGAAUGAGGUGACUCUCCAUUUUAUUUACACGGUGAGUCACUUCGUUCGAGUCGAAAUUUCUCACCUCGAUAUGCAAACUAAGCUGGGUCACGUCACUCCACUCGUAGGGUAGGCACAUCUGUCAGGAGACACCGGAGAUUUCGUCAGGAAUGCUCCACGGAGACCUUAAGGAAUUCCUUCCGGGGAUUACUCCAGGAAUUUAUUCUAGAGGAUCUCCCACUAUUUUCCGGAAUUUUUCUUCGAAGAUUUUUUCAUAAAUUGCGGAGAUUUCUCCAUUAAUUCCUUCUAGGGAUGCAUCCAAAGACUUCUUCCGGCGAUUCCUUCCGGAGCAUCUAGUGUAGAUUUCUUUGUUCAGGGGACUCAUCCAGAUAUUCUUUCAGCGGACUAUUUUGGGAACUCAUGCAGAAGAUUCCUCCAGUUAUUUUAUCCGGAGAUUGCUUUGGAACUUCCUUCUGGGAUUACUUCAAAAGUUGUGUCGAAAGAUCAACUAGGAAUUCCUUCAGGUAAUUCCCAGAAGAAUUACUUCGGAAAGAAUUAAUCUCCGGACGGUAUUCUGAAUGAAUCCUAAAAAGCAGUUCUUAGAGUAUAUUCCAGAAGAAAUUCAUGGAAAGAAUUCUUCCAGCAAUUUCCUUCGAGGAUCCCUCCAGGAAUACCGCGAUCUCUGAAGAUGCCAUAGAAGAAUUUCGUUUCUGGAGAUGGAAAGCAUGGGGAAAUCUCUGAAACAAUCCUAUCCUGUUGGGAGAAUCGCAGAUGAAACUUCUCGAGAUAUUCCAAAAGGCAUUUCUGCAGGCGGAAUUCCUGAAUGAAUUGUUCUUAUCUUGUUCCAAAUCGACACAGAAAUGAAACAACAAGCGAGCUCUAAAAAAUGAAUCAGCCAUUACAGAGCUUAGAUCGGGUCUGUCAUUUGGCAUAAAGGACAAAAGGCAUAAUAAUCGGUGGCAUAAUGGCCGUUUGGCAUAAAAAAAACUUCGUAUUUUGGUUAUACCAAAAUGACCUUAUGUCAAAUGUACCGCUCUCGUUUAGAACACUGCACUGGUGUGAGCCGAUUUUUUUUUGCGCUGAUCCAAAAUUUAAUUCAAAAAUAUUUUUCAGGAGCCGGACAUUUGUCAUAACGUUAUUUGGCAUAAGGUCACUUGGCAUAAAAGUAUUUGACAAAAGUCAUUUCGCAUAACGAACAUUUGGUAUAAUCGAAGUGCUUUUCAUGUUUUGGACCACUCUAUUGAACAGUUGUGAUGAUAAAUUCUUCUCGGCAUUAACCGUAAUUGGAACUCCGUAUUCCGUGGUCUGUGUUUGAAUUUAUAUAUGCGUUUGUCCCGUUUUUAUUCGAAUUCUUUCACACACAUAUUAUCGGUGAUUGAAACAAACAUGUUACAAACAAAACAAAAAACUAGUAAUCGCAGAAAUAAAGUUCUUAUACAAAACACUCACAAAACCAUAUACAAACAACACAAGUACACACACACACACUAUUACCCAACCAACCAUAUUAAACUGUAGAUGCGACGAUGCGUGGCCGCAUUUCAAGGUUUUCGAUCGGAGACGCACUUUUGUUUUCGAAAACGUUGAUGCCUCCCAGUCAGUAAGUGAUACCUCUAUCCAAACGAAAGCAAACCAGUGAACACAAAACUUUCCUUUUUGUGCUGAAACACUAUAAUUGAAUACUUUCCUCUUUCCGAACGGAUAAUUGCCUUAAGUUUCAAAGAGAGUUGCUUGUUACAUAGAACUAUUGGGGUAGCCAUCCCCCACCGCUUAAGGGUCCUCCCACAAGUUGGUAAACCCUAAAGCAAAAAAAAAUACCUUUUAGAGAUGAAGAUGGAAAUAAGUAUGCGUGUAAGCCUUACCGUCUUUUCUUUUCUAAAUAAACGUGUAGUUUGAAGAUAUUUAGGCGUGAUGGGAAGGAAGAUUUUUUACGUCUUUCUUCCACCUUUUUUUUUUCUUUAGUAAGUUAACUAAUUUUAAAUGCAAUUGUUUUCUUCUUUUUUGGGACUAUAUAGCAGUUAUGAAUGCAAAACAAGGAAAAAAAAACCUACAAACAAAUACAAAAAAAGAAUAACGCUACUGAGUAUCACAGUACUAUUUGCAAAGCGCUAGGGACAGAUUGCGAACAAGAAGAUCGUAUAAUAUUGAAACGGAAAGCCGACAAAAAAAAAUAAAAAAAAUCAUUCAGAUAAAAAAGGUACAUAAAAAUUAUAGUCAUAUACUGUAAUUAAUUGUGAAUUCAAGAAAAAAAUAUAACUUGUAAAUAAUAAACUACUUAUAUAUUCGGUAAAAAUUAAAAAUAAUUUAAUAAAUUAAGGACACACAAAAUUGUG